UCUCUAAGAAUUUUGUCUGCACCUAAGAGGUGUCAAGGAAAAAACCCUGGAGCUCAUUUCUAAGUACAAACGCUUUCGUUGUUCGCAUGGCAAUUGUGUUUUCUCACAUGGAAUUCGUUAACACUAGCCAGGACGCAGGAAAACAGGGGGCAUCCAAAACUCAUGUGAAAAUCAAUCAUAUUUCACUCUCGAAGUCACACUAAUCUAUACUGAAUUUAGUUUUUCUAAAGGGGUUUUGAUAGUUUUUAGAUUAAGGUGUAUUUGUGAAUGCUUUCCAAGUGUUUGUCAAUUUGUCCUAUUGAAUAAUUGCUGAGAGAAUGAAGGUGAAAGUAGUGUGUAGAAAAGUUUACGAUUACAUUCGCUAUGACUUGAAAGAAAUUGCGUUUCCUUCUUCACUUCCGGACCCUCCCCACAUCAAAAAACGCCGCAAAUUGACUUGGAACGAGCGUUUUCUAGUGUUGAAGGAGGCCUCAAGGCUUUAUGCUGCAAGCUGGGUACGCGAUAUCGGUCCUGAUCUUCGCCCAAAUGAUUAUAAGAAGCACGACGAGGAUGAAAAUGAUAAAGCUAAUGGUUCUAAGAGUGCAACUAAAGAGAAAGAACCAUCUGUUCUAGAAGAUCUUGCGGUGGCUGCUAGAGGAGGAGCAGAGACAUUAAGGCCAGCUUUGCAGCGAGUCUACAUGACAAGAGCUUCGGCAUAUAAAGAUGCUCUCAAAAGUUUCAUAGCAGGGUAUCAAGAAGGGAUCCAGCAAGUCAUGGAGAAGAAGGAAGAUGCCAAAACUCAACAAGAAAGUGAUAUCCCCAAAAAAUCUACUAGUCCCUAGUCUACACUAGGCAGUAUAUGCAAGUAUAUCACACUAGCAAUGAACCAUAGAGAAGAAAUUAAGAGCUUUCUUGCUGCUGAGUCAGCUAGAAUUUACUGGUGUAACCCAUCCAAUUUGAGGGUUCUACUUUCUGUAACAAAUCUAUGAAGUAUAUAAAUAUAUUUAAAUUUGUAUA